GAGCCCUUCCGCCGGAGGAGGCGCCAGCUCCGGAGCCAUGGCGCUGGUCACCCUCCAGCGCUCGCCCACCCCCAGCGCCGCCUCCUCCUCCGCCAGCACCAGCGAGUUGGAUGCCGGCAGCGAUGAAGAGCGCAAACUGAACCUGAGCCUCAGCGAGAGCUUUUUUAUGGUGAAAGGGGCUGCCUUGUUCCUCCAACAAGGCAACAGCCCGCAAGGCCCACGCACCUCGCCUCACCUUCACAAGCAUGCAGGUGACUUGCCCCAACACCUGCAGGUGAUGAUCAACCUCCUUCGCUGUGAGGACAGAAUCAAGUUGGCUGUGCGGCUAGAAAGUGCAUGGACGGACCGAGUGCGGUACAUGGUGGUGGUCUACAGCAGCGGCCGCCAAGACACAGAGGAGAACAUCCUCCUGGGAGUGGAUUUCUCCAGCAAAGAAAGCAAAAGCUGUACCAUUGGGAUGGUCCUUCGCUUGUGGAGCGACACCAAAAUCCACCUGGAUGGCGAUGGUGGAUUCAGCGUCAGCACCGCCGGGAAGAUGCAUAUCUUCAAGCCGGUUUCAGUGCAAGCAAUGUGGUCCGCCCUGCAGAUCCUAUACAAGGCAUGCGACGUGGCGAGGCAGUACAACUACUUCCCCGGCGGGAUGGCGCUGGUCUGGGCCACCUACUAUGAGAGCUGCAUUGCCUCGGAGCAGAGCUGCCUCAACGAGUGGAAUGCCAUGCAGGACCUGGAGUCCACCCGCCCGGACUCACCGGCUUUAUAUGUGGAGAAGCCAACAGAAAGGGAGCUGGCGGAACGGCUCAUCAAGGCCAAACUCCGGAGUAUUAUGAUGAGCAAAGAUCUGGAGAACGUUACUUCGAAAGAAAUCCGGAAUGAGCUGGAGAAGCACAUGAGCUGCAAUUUGAAAGAGUUCAAAGAAUUCAUCGACAACGAGAUGCUGCUCAUCCUAGGCCAGAUGGACAAGCCCUCCCUGAUUUUCGAUCACCUGUACCUGGGUUCAGAGUGGAAUGCCUCCAACUUGGAGGAGCUCCGGAGCUCAGGCGUGGACUACAUCCUGAAUGUCACCCGGGAGAUUGACAAUUUCUUCCCCGGCAUGUUUACCUACCACAAUAUCCGCGUUUACGAUGAAGAGACGACGGACCUCCUGGCCCAUUGGAACCAGGCCUACCAUUUCAUCAACAAAGCCAAGAGAAACCGCUCCAAAUGCCUGGUCCACUGCAAAAUGGGCGUGAGCCGCUCGGCCUCGACGGUAAUCGCUUAUGCCAUGAAGGAGUUUGGCUGGUCCUCGGAGAAGGCCUACAAUUAUGUGAAGCAGAAGCGCAACAUCGCAAGGCCCAACGCUGGCUUCAUGAGGCAGCUCCAGGAAUACCAAGGCAUUCUGGAUGCCAGCAAACAGCGUCACAACAAGCUGUGGAAGCAGCAGCCGGAGGACCACCGCCCCCAGAACGUGGACAGUUCCAACGGGCCCGAGGAUUUCCUGCUGGACUGUUUGGACGCUGAGCCGGAGGACUUCCAGCACUGCUUCCGCUGCCUCCCGGAUGCUUUCCCUGGUGACAAGGAGGCUUUUUUCCCAGCAGAGGACCUGCAGAAGGAUGUGCUUCUGGAUGAAGCCGACCCAGACACCGACCUGCCCUUCCUGGGGUCCUCCUCCAAGUCGGAAGAGGAAAACCCGACAGACAAGGAGAUAGCAGAGGAAAAGAAAGCACCCCGGAAGGACAUCACAAAACCAGAGGACAGGGAGAAACCCCUGGAGCGGUGGAAACGGCACUCGUCUGGACCAGAGGAGGAGAGCAGGGCCAACUGCGAGAGCUCGAGCAGCAGCAACAGCAAGCGGAGCUGCCCUGAGGACUUUGAGCAUGAUGCCGUCUUUGGGAUCCUCAGCAAAGUCAAGCCUUCCUAUAAGCCGUGUGGCGACUGCAUGUACUCUUCAGCCAGCGACGUCUUUGCAGAGCCCUGCGUGAGGCUACCUCCAUCUCCUCCGUGCCGCAGCCCCGCCACCGUCUGCACGCAGCCUUCCUUCCCGGCGCACCGGACACCCCACGUUUUGGAGGAAAAUCUGAAGGAGAUCCAGGGCACAAAACCAAACAGCCUGCCUUUGGUCCUAGCGGGGGGCCAUGCGCUGGGCUCUCGACACCCUCCGGAGGGUACUUUGCCCAGGAAAGACGUCCGGACAAGCAAGGACCUCAAGCACUUGCUCUUCAGCAAAGACCCCGAGAAGCCCACUGCCACCAGCUACUUGAUGCAGCACCAAGAGUCCCUCCUUCAGCUCCAGAAGGCCGGCUUGGUCCGAAAGCACACCAAAGAGCUUGAGCGGCUCAAGAGCCUGCCAUCAGAGACCUCUGGCGCGUCGACUGACAUGACCAUCCCAGAGGAACCCCAAGAGGUAGCCUCCCACCCUGGCAAGAUGCCUCUCCUCUGUCCCUUGCUUCCUCGGGAUGCCGGAAACGAUGCUGAGAAGCUCCGCAAAACCCCUCCGGCCGCCGGGCCUUCUCACAAGACGGAGCACACCAGUAGCUUCAGCAAAGACUUCCUCAAGACCAUCUGCUACACCCCUCCCUCCUCGUCACGGAGCUCCAACCUGACGCGUAGCUCCAGCAGCGACAGCAUCCACAGCGUCCGGGGGAAGCCCGGCCUGGUCAAGCAGCGCACCCAGGAGAUUGAAACCAGGCUGCGCCUUGCUGGCUUAACUGUCUCCUCCCCGCUGAAGCGUUCCAACUCCCUGGCCAAGCUGGGCAGCCUCAACCUCUCCUCUGAGGACCUCACUGGUGACGGGGAGCUGUCCCCCUUGAACACCAAAUCCGGUGAGGUCUCCGCAGGCUGCAACUUCUGUCCAUCUUCGAAAAAUGCAGAAGAGGGACCUAAGCUGAAGCCCACGCCAGGGAAAUUGAAAGACAUGUCCUGGCUUGGGAAGAGCUGACCCCACGACACUGCUGUUGUCAAAGAGGUGUUAUUAAAUGCAAGAGGCAAACAUUUCUCCCCCUUUUCCAUGGGUUGCUGCAGACAGUGGAGUUCAAGGAGGCCAAGAAAGAAGAUACUUAGAGUCUUCCGGAGCACCAGAACAUUCCAGUGCGGAGUUUUGUCGAGUUUUUCUUUACAAUGCAAGCUGCACACCAUGGUUCAUUCUGAGAAGCCCUUGCUCACAUUUCUCCCUUUCUUUCCAUGGGGUGCUGUAGACAAUGGAGUUCAAGGAAGCCAAGAAAGAAGGCACUCGGAGUCUUCCAGGGCAUCAGAGCAGCCGAAUGCCAAGUUUUACAGAGUGUUUCUUUGCAAAGCAAACUGCACACCAUGGUUCAUUCCGAGAAGUCCUCGUUCACAUUUCUCCCCUUUCUUUCUGUGGGGUGCUGCAGACAAUGGAGUUCAAGGAGGCCAAAAUAGUAGGCGCUAGGGAGUCUACUGGGCAGGAGAAUGGCCAAAUGCAGAGUUUUCCUUUUCAAUGCAAACUGUGCACAAUUAUUCAUUCCGAGAAGCCCUCACUCAGGGAGCCGAAAUGUCAAAAUGCUACCUCUGUUCUUUGGGAAUUAAAAAAAACAUGAAACCCUUACUUUACAAAAGUAGAAGAAAGUCUCCAUGACCAAGAGUUAGUUUCUGUAUAUCGGGCAGAAAGUGGACUUCAACUCCCAGCUGGGGAAUGGUGGUUUUCUGUGGGGAAUGGUAGGUUUUCUGUGUUGCUCUGCAUUGCCCUGUAUCUUGCGGUCUUAAAGGAGGCCUUCUUUAUUGGGGGAGUUCUGCCAGUCCAGUUUGUACCUUUUCUGUCCAUUGGAUGAGAAGCAGCUGUUGUUACAAAAACGCGACGUAGCUUGGAGUUACAAAUGUACCUUAAGGCAUGGGUGUCACAACGUACUGUGAUAUCCAACAUACAAGACAGGGCAACUAGUUUAGGGGAGGAUUUUUUAAAGAAAAUUUUGUUUACAUGCAUUUGAAAUUGGGGAAAAUGUCAGUACAAAAUCCCUUUUUUAAAAAAAGUUUUAAGAUUUGUGUUUUUAAAUUUAAAAAUAAUUGAUGUGCUUUCCGACUUGCCCACAAAAAGACUCAAGUGCUGGAUUGCUUCUGAAAUGGCUUGUUGUCUCAGCCAAACUCCAAAGUUCGCCAGGAAUGGAAGGCACGAUCUCUAUAGGUUGGGCACAUUUUGGCGUCUUUUUUCCCCAUUGUAUCGAUGCCACAAGGUGGCAAGGAACACCGAAGGAAGAUGUGUCAUUCUUCUUGACUCUUGGUUUCCCCAAAUCCCCCGAAGGCUUCCGUUUUUCUCUGUUCGCCAGUCUGUUGCUGGGCUUUCCUGCAGAACCCGCUUUAAUGCCAAA